CAUAUUCAUAUGGCCGCCUCAUCUGGGCUUUUAUUUUGACAUCGGUAUUUCCGGUUAGUCUGAUGUUGAUACACUCUAGCACAAUUUUGCUGUGAGCAGCUGAAGCGGGACACUUCGCUCAGAGCUCGGGACGAAGAGGGAGCAGUUGCAGUGCUCUAUGCGUGAAGUCCAACUGACAGGGGAGAGUGUUGGGGUAAAAAGGCGUUACGGCAUAUUCGUCGUUUUUUUAUAUAUAUAUUUAAACGGAUUUUUGUUUUAGAGUAGCUAACGAAAUUCAGUUUAUGUCUUUUUGCCAGCUAGUCAACCUAACACAUAGCGAGCAACACAGACAGGGCAACAGACUAGCCAGUACCCCGUUAUUUUGACUGAAACGAACAGUUGCUAAACAGCUUGUUCCCAACAGUUACAUUUGCUGAAUCAGCCACAACAUAUAGUAAUUUACCAGAGGAACACAUAUAACGUUAAAUUGUAAGCAUGUUCAGCUGGGCAAAUAAGGACGGGAAGAAGAAAGAUCCCGAACUCUUUCAGACUGUCUCGGAUGGGCUGAAACGUCUUUACAAACAAAAACUCUUUCCCUUAGAAGACGCUUAUCGCUUUCACGACUUCCACUCACCGGCUUUAGAAGAUGCUGACUUUGACAACAAGCCCAUGGUGCUUUUGGUCGGCCAGUAUUCCACAGGCAAAACUACAUUCAUUAGGCAUCUUAUGGAGCAAGACUUUCCUGGUAUGAGGAUAGGCCCCGAACCGACCACCGAUUCUUUCAUUGCGGUUAUGUACGGAGAGCAAGAGGGACUGGUGCCAGGCAAUGCAUUGGUUGUUGAUCCUAAAAAGCCGUUCCGAAAACUUAACGCUUUUGGCAACGCCUUCCUGAACAGGUUCGUGUGUGCCCAGAUGCCCAACCCUGUGCUGGACAGCAUCAGCAUCAUAGACACCCCAGGAAUCUUGUCGGGAGAGAAGCAGAGGAUCAGUAGAGGUUAUGACUUCGCCGCCGUGCUGGAGUGGUUCGCCGAGCGAGUGGACCGCAUCAUCCUCCUGUUCGACGCCCACAAGCUGGACAUCUCGGACGAGUUCUCAGAGGUGAUCCGCGCGCUCAAGAACCACGAGGACAAGAUGCGCGUGGUGCUCAACAAGGCCGACCAGAUCGGCACGCAGCAGCUGAUGCGCGUCUACGGUGCCCUCAUGUGGUCGUUGGGCAAGAUCGUCAACACGCCCGAGGUCAUCCGCGUCUACAUUGGCUCCUUCUGGGCGCAGCCGUUGCUCGUGGCUGACAACCGCAAGCUGUUCGAGGCCGAGGAGCAGGACCUGUUCCGCGACAUCCAGGGCCUGCCCAGGAAUGCUGCCCUGAGGAAGCUUAACGAUCUCAUCAAGCGCGCCCGCCUGGCUAAGGUCCAUGCCUACAUCAUUAGUGCUCUGAAGAAAGAGAUGCCCAACAUGUUUGGGAAGGAGAACAAAAAGAAGGAGCUCAUUGCCAAUUUGGGCGAAAUAUACACCAAGAUUGAGAAAGAGCACCAGAUCUCACCUGGGGACUUCCCCAAGCUGGCUAAAAUGCAGGAGAUCCUGGCUGGACAGGACUUCAGCAAGUUCCAGGUGAUCAAGCCCAAGCUGAUGGAGUCGGUGGAGGACAUGCUGGCCAACGACAUCGCCAAGCUGAUGACGCUGGUGCGCCAGGAGGAGGCGAACAUGCCCAGCCAGCAGGUGCAGGGCGGCGCCUUCGAGGGAACCAUGAAUGGCCCGUUCGGCCACGGCUAUGGCGAGGGCGCCAGCGAGGGCAUCGACGAGCUGGAGUGGGUGGUGGCGCGCGACAAGCCCACCGACGAGAUCUUCUACACGCUGUCGCCCGUCAACGGCAAGGUGUCUGGCAACAUGGCCAAGAAGGAGAUGGUCAAGUCCAAGCUGCCCAACACGGUGCUGGGCAAGAUCUGGAAGCUGGCCGACGUGGACAAGGACGGGUUCCUGGACGACGACGAGUUCGCGCUGGCCAACCACCUCAUCAAGGUGAAGCUGGAGGGCCACGAGCUGCCCACCGACCUCCCCGAACACCUGAUUCCACCCUCCAAACGGGGGCUGUAGACGGAGCCGGGCAAAGCAGACGGGCGACGGUGGUCUUUGAGCCAGGGUGGGCUGGGGGUAGGGCAGCGUGGGGUCUAAGGGGUUAAAUUCAGAGGGAGUAAAAGGCGUACAGGUUUGCAUUCCAGAAUCCUCAAUGUUACAAAACAUCCCAAACCUGUGUGGGAGAGCACACACAAAUGUAAUCUGCUGGCAUAUGUCUUCUUUUUUUAAGAAAAACCAAAAAGCAAAAAAACCCUGUACUUUAGGCAUUUGUCUCGUGAUUAACAGGUUUUGAUCGUUGUGGUGCCUUGAGUGCAGCCUUCUGGGUAGGUGGGGAUUCACAAGGGAAACGUUUUGCAAGGCAAAGAUGGAGUUGGUAAAAUACACCCUAUUAAAUAACCAUAAAUAAAUAAUAUACAAAAAUGAAACUAACUUAUUCAUGAAUUCCAGUGAUGUGAUAUUAUUAUAGUAUGAACCAUUAUCUCCACUAUUAUUCGUAUAGCAUAGAAAUGGUUUCUUAAUCACCAUUUUUAUUCUCAUCGAAAGUAUUCUGCCACAGUGUAUGCAACAAUGCAUGUGAAAUGCCCUCUAAAUCUAAAUAUGAAAAUGUUUGGCAUCUUUUAGCUGUUUUAUGUAGUUUUUUUCGUCCAGUCUGCUCUCUCGGUGAAGGUUGAGCCCUUGUCAUGACACUCCUCAAUGUAAGAAUCAAGCAGUGGAACAAUCUCUCAACAAGGGUUGUAUUAAAAGAGCCCUUGUGCAGUGGGAGAAGGGAGAAUUUUUUGUGUGUGUGUGUGUGUGUGUGUGUGUGUGUGUGUGCGUGCGCGUGCGCGCGCGCUGGUAAUCUGCCUGGGUCCACAUGUAGUCUCUAUAACACAUUACAUCUAAUUACAAAAGCGAUGAUUUCCACCCUGCGUAUGAUUCUGUUUUUUGACUUUGUUAGUUAUCAAAAGGCUGUCUAGUGCUUAGUGUAGUAGAUACACCAUUAACAUACAGUCACAUGCAGAACAGUGUUGUUAUUGUGCAGGCCUUAAAAACAGUGGUGAUCUAUUCAGUUAUGUUAUGACCGCAUACAGCUUCUCCAGAAGUUGCAAACACUACACUCAUCACAAUCUAUUUGUGUGGUGAAACAAAUGUUGUCUGCGUUGAGUCAGCGUGAUGCACAUUGAUAUACAACAUAACUGUUAGUCUGUGUAGACGUUUCACAGGCCUUUCCAAAGAAUUUCCUGUUCUGUAGAAGAGUACAUGGCAAACGAACGACCGUGUAAUUCUGAAGUCAACAUUCUCUGUAUGUUUCGUAGGACACCACUGUUUAUUAAAAAGACCUGUUUUGAAGCAAAAGUGCCUCCGAUAGCUACAAAAUGAAUAGAACAGCAGCCAUCCUCUAUAAAUAAUGUUCAUAUGUAUAUGUUUUAGUCUAUUUUGAAAUAAAAAUGUAUCACAUUAACACA